CGCAGCCGCUCCCCGCCACGCCAAUCCCUGACUCCCCGCCGACCCGCGCGCGCUCCCGGUCCUCCGCCGCGCCGCCCACCUCGUCGCACUCCCGCCGCCGUCACCCCGCCUCCAUCCGCAGCCCCGUUGCGCCUGGCCGUCGUGCUGACCUGCCGCUCCUGACUCCGGCGCCGGCGGACGACUGCCCGAUCUCGACCUGCAGCUGCUAACCCGCCACCUCUCCUGGCAGUGUCUUUCAUUCUUGCCGUGGUACCGUCCUACUGGACUUCACAAUCAAUGAAGCAACUGAGCAGCAACAUCCUGACUUUGGAAAUUAUAUCUAUAAUGACCAAACAUAUGAGGUUUUCUCGCAAUGGGGCUUUUUGGUGGUGGCCUCAAGUUUUUGGUGGGAGUGGGAUGUGGUGUCUAUGUAGCUCAGAACUACAACGUUCCAAAUGUCAAGAAGCUGUUCAACACGUAUGUUUUCCUGGCAAAGCACAUUGAGGAAACAUACCGUAAGCCGAAGAAAGACGACAAGGACGAGUGAUUAUUGCGCCCCUGGGCCAAAAGAAGUUUGUUCUGACAUGACAGCAAUGUGAUCUUCAAGUGCUUAGAAGUACGACGGUGCAUAGUGGGUACUACUAGCUGUGAAAUUUACCAUGGCAAGGUUUGUGGAUCUUUAUGAUGAAACCUUAGUACGUAUUUUUUAAGUAGGAGAGAGGGUAUGCAAACAUCCGAUCGAUAUAUCAUGGCACCAGUACAAGUUUCAUAAUAAAUGGAACCUCUUGUGUC